AUGUCAGCAGCACAGGCUGGCAUGAGGAGGCACCAUGCAGUGCGCCUCCUUCUAAAGGAGAAGGGAGGAAAAAUAAUGGAGUUAUCCCGAUUGGAUUUCUCCAGAAAAUUCCUCCAAAAGGAACUCGGUUUCCAUCCCGCGCAGGUAAACUGCAUCCUCGCCCUCCCCUAUGGGAAGGGCUUCGAUGUCAGUUUUGCCAGCGGCAGCUACCUGAGGGACUUCUGGAGGGAACUCCAGAAUGCCCAGAACACUCAGGGGUCCCUCACAGCAAUGUUUGAGGUGACCAAGCUGACGGACAAUAGCAUUAAAACUGUUAUUGUCCGUAUGUACAAUGAAACCGUACAGCCGGAGGACGUUGCAGUAUGGCUGGGCAGGUACUGCAACGUGAGGGGGCCCCUGGUCCAGGUGAAAGAUCCCGAUGGGAUCUGGACAGGGGCCUGGAGGGUCACUGUCCAGCAGUGGGAGGACCCUGGGGGCUAUGGUGGGUUGAAAGCCAUCCCAUCCACCAUAGUCCUCGGAGAGAACAGGGGCCAUGUUCACUACCAGGACCAGCCCAAGCUGUGCCGUAAGUGUGGUGAACAUGGCCACCUUGCAGAGGCCUGUAAGAAGGUCGUCUGCAUGAAGUGCCGGGAGGUGGGCCACCGCUACGAGGAAUGCACGAACGGAAGGUCGUGCAACCUCUGUGGCGAGCGGUCCCACCUCAUCCGCGGCUGCCCCUACUCCUGGGCCAAUAAGGUCAGGGCCGAAAGGAGGGAGGUGGCGGCCGCGGACCGGGCUUCUGAGCGUCAGGUGGUGGUCACCGAGGCAGUUGCCGAGGAGGUGGUUGUGGAGCAGGUGGUGGUGGAGGAGACAGUGGUGGAGGCGGUGGCCGUAGUAGAGGGCGCGGAAGGUGCAGUGGUGGAAGAAGUGGGAGGAGAGGACAAAACCCUCCCCACCCCAAUCCCCCUGCCCCAGACUAAGGUGACCCCUGAAGGAGAAAGGGCCGAGAAAGACGGUCCCGGAGAGGUCUUGAGUGAGAGCUCCCCAAGUGGGUCUGACAGUAUGGAGACGGUGUCAGAAGGCACGGGAGAGGGAGGGGAGGGUCUGGAGGAACACCCCCCCCCACGAAAAAGAAACGCAGAGGAGCUCUCUGACCCCGAACAGGGUGAAGGGAAAAAGGGAAAGGUGGAGUGGGAGAGCUCCCAGGGGGAGGAAGAACCCAGGACCUUCCCCUCAGACUCCCCCAAUCAAAUCUCCUUUUUAAGUCCGUUAAACUUUGACUGUAAACUUUUUACUAAGGUUUUAACACUCAGAAUGUCUUCUGUUUUAGGGGAGGUGAUCCACCCGGACCAAACCUGUGCCGUGCCCGGAAGGAAGAUCACGGACAGCCUGAUACUGAUCCGAGAUGCCAUCUGUUAUGCGAGAGACAGAAACAUGCGGCUUGUAGUCCUAAAUUUAGAUUUUGAAAAAGCCUUUGAUCGGGUCUCGCACCAGUACCUCUUUAAGGUACUGCAAAAAAUGGGUUUCCCGGACAGGUUUUUAGCUUGGGUGGGACUGCUGUACGGGGACAUUACCAGCAAAAUCCUCGUAAAUGGGCAUCUGUCAAAAGCGGUGGGAGUACACUGCGGCGUCCGUCAGGGCUGUCCAUUAUCUCCCCUUCUGUUCGUGGCCUGCAUUGAACCACUGGCACAGGUCUUGAGAAGGGACCAACGGAUCAGUGGGGUGGGGAUCCCGGGGAGUGGGGGGAUGACCGCCAAGUGCGUUUUUUACAUGGACGACGUCAACAUUUUAUGCACCGACCUUUUAUCCGUCGACAGGACCCUGGACAGGACCGACUGGUACGGACGAGCCUCUGGGGCGAGACUGAACAGAGACAAGACCGAGGCCCAAUUUUUUGGACCAUGGGCAGACCCAGACUUGACCAGACUACCACUGACGGUCAAAACGACGGACAUAAGGGUAUUGGGGGUAAAGUUUGACCGGGAGGGAGGAGGGAGCGGCAAUUGGAAUGGGAUCCUGGGGACAGUAAGACAGAGACUGGGUUUUUGGGGACUACGACAGCUGACUUUUGAGGGCAAGGUUUUAAUCAUUAAAGCUGUGAUUUUACCUGUGCUUUUAUUAAUCAGUUCUGUUUUUAUCCCCCCACGAAGGAGUCUUUUAGCCCUGGAGCGGAUGCUUUUCUACUUCCUGUGGGGAAGCAAGUGGGAGAGGCUGAGGAGGGAGGUGGUCAAGAGGCCCAGGUCCAAGGGGGGGAAAGGCUUGCCUGACCUCUACUUGUUCCUGGGCAGCCGCUACACAGCGUUACAUCUCACUCUUGCCACCUCCCCGGCCAACAACAAGACCCAGGCCCUCGCACGGUUCUGGCUGGGAUCUUACCUCAGGACCCUGAGGCUGAUCCCAGUCGACCUGCGAGCCCCAGUCUCUUUCCUGCUCCCCACUCACUACGCCCAGCUCCAGAAAUUUUUAAGACAUUUUAAACUGGAAAAAGAAGCAGUCACGGUUUUAACUAAACACCGCUCUCUUCUCUCUCUUGUGCAGGAUCGGGAACCAGUGUGUCCAGUACGCGGGCUUGCUAUAGGCGAGCCCACAACGGUUUGGCGUAAUGUGGCCCAUCCUGCUCUCCUGAAUCGGCACCGGGACCUGUCCUGGAUGGUCGCCCACGAGAUCCUCCCGGUCAGGGCCGUUAUGCACUCACGGGGCAUGGCGAGGACACCCGCGUGCCCCCGACCAGGCUGCGGCCUGGAGGAGUCGGUGAGGCACCUGCUCUGUGAGUGCAGAGCCGCCAGGGACCUGUGGAAGGAAGCAGGCCCCCUGAUCACCCCGUGUCUGCCAGCAGGGGAGGACCUAACGCCUCAGCUCGUGCUGUACGGGGUGGGCCGAAGGCCUAUUCCAUCGAAGGCCUUCACCAAGCUCUGGCCCACCCUCACGUGCCUGAAGGACGCCCUGUGGUCCUCCCGUAAUCUGCUGGUAGCAAAAGGCGUAGAGACCACCCCCCAGGCAGUGGCCAUGAUAGCCACGGAAGCCCUGGGGUGGUACAGAAGGAGGGGGGCCUCGACCCCAGGUGAAGGGUCCCCCACAACACCCUAGGUCCCGGCGGCCACGGCCUGACAGCGCUGCGGCGCCUAGGGCGAUGCGCCUAGGGGAGGGAUCUCCUCUGGGCCCCGACGGAUGGGACGGUAGUUUAUCCAGAGGAGCAGAAUGAGGCGAGGUUGAUAAGGACUCACCCCGCACCUGUACAAGGGACCGAAGACAGCUCUUUAACAAAGUGACUUUUUAACAUGU